GUUCAACAUAACACUUGUUAGUUGUUUUCUACUGUUGCGGAUAUUUGGACGCAUUUCACGACAAAAAACUGUGUUCAUUCAAAAAUGAGUGCUAAAUUAUUCCGGGCUGUUAUCAUGGGAGCGCCAGGGUCUGGCAAGGGAACAGUGUCUGCCCGGAUAGUGAAAAUGUUCAACAUGAAACAUAUUUCCAGUGGAGAUAUGCUGCGCAGUAAUAUCGAACAACAUACAGAUCUUGGCCAGAUAGCAGAAAAGUACAUCAAGGAGGGCAAACUGGUACCGGACAUUUACAUAACCAAGUGUAUCUUGGGUGAACUUGGGAAACUAAAAUCCAGUUCCUGGCUUUUGGAUGGCUUCCCACGGACGCCGGAACAAGCGGAAGAUUUAUGGCGCCACGAAACGAUCGACUCGGUUAUCAAUUUGGAUGUACCUUUCGAUGUGAUCGUUGAACGGUUACGAAGCCGUUGGGUUCAUUUGCCUAGUGGGAGAGUCUACAACAUUGGAUUCAACGAUCCGAGGGUACCGGGGAAGGAUGAUGAGACUGGCCAACCGCUUUCCCAGCGACCAGAUGACGAUCCGGUGGCCGUUAGGAAGCGUUUAGAAAUCUACGAUGCAUGUACUAGGCCGCUAAACGAAUACUUCCACGAGAAGGGAGUGCUAGUCACCUUCAGCGGUAAAACGACUGACGAAAUUUGGCCCAACGUGAAGAAAUACUUGGAGAGUAAAAUAACGAUGAGUUAAUAAUCAUAAGCGCAGUAUAUACAUACAAUAACUACUAAACAAUUCAUAGCACAAAAGCUACGUUAUCAAUUAGAAGAUAACACGUCCCUUGGGUCGACAAUAAUGCGCUAUGAGACUGAUAAAGCAUUUUUGGCUUUAUUCAAUGUUGUAGAGAUAAGAACAUUUGGGUGCUAGAUAGGUAGAUUUGAAUCAAAUUUGCUUGUAUGAUGCAUCUUGGGUAAUAAAGGACCGUGUUUUGUGACCGUAUGUACUUCAACUAGGGGUGCAAGAAACGAUGAAUACCUUAACGGACAGAGAAAUUAUUUCUAGAAUGUCUUAACGAUUUGUUACUUAUCAAAAAGUUGGACCUGGACUGGGCGACGCAAUAAAUUUAAAUGUGAUUAAGUUUAAUAAUCACAAUAAUUGAUCACAUGUUCUAGUUAUGCAAUUCAAACGUGCUGAAAAGCGCCUACGGUUAAAAAUCACGAUA